UUCCAUUCUAUCAAUUCAUUUCUGUUUAUACAUUUUUUUUAUUUGAAUUUUGAUCUGGAUCCAGCUCUGACUUUGUUCAAUGGAAGUAUGUUAUCAGCUGCCGGUUUUGCCUCUAGACAGGCCGGUUCCUAAGCAUGUCCUCAGCCGGAGAGGUGCCAUCAGUUUCAGCUCCAGCUCGUCUCUCUUCGGCGCUCCUGAUCCAAGACAGCUGUCUCAGAGACGAGGUGCUAUCUCUUAUGACAGCUCAGAUCAGACCGCUCUGUACAUUCGUAUGCUCGGAGAUGUGAGAGUGAGAAGUCGGGUAGGAUUUGACCCAGAAGGAAAAGGUUCCUACUCGUACCUGUGCAUCGACUUCCGCACCCUACACUCCUGCUCAGACUCAGCCUCUAGUCUUAUCCCUGGUCCUGGCUUCAGUUCAGCUGGGCCUGUGUCUGGCAGGAGGCUCCGCAGACUGCUCAGCUUCCAGAGGUACCUGCACUCCUCCCGUCUGCUCCGGGGAACACCCCACCUCAACCCCCUCCACAUCCUGGAUGAGGACUACACCGGACAGGCCAAGUGUAUGCUGGAAAGGGUCGCGACCUGGAAUUUCGACAUUUUCCUCUACGACAGAUUAACCAAUGGAAACAGCCUGGUGACGCUGACCUUUCACCUCCUGAACCAGUAUGGUCUGCUGGAGCUGUUUCAGCUGGACAUGGUGAAGCUGUGGCGCUUCCUGGUCAUGGUGCAGGAGGACUACCACAGCCUCAACCCCUACCACAACGCUGUGCACGCCGCUGACGUCACGCAGGCCAUGUACUGUUACCUGCGAGAGCCCAAGCUGGCCAAGUCCCUGACGUCCUGUGACAUCCUCCUGGGCCUGUUGGCAGCCGCCACUCAUGACCUGGACCACCCGGGAGUCAACCAGCCCUUCCUCAUCAAGACCAACCACUACCUGGCCAAGCUCUACAGGAAUUCCUCUGUUCUGGAGAACCACCACUGGAGGUCUGCAGUAGGUCUGCUCAGAGAGACCGGCCUGUUCUCCCACCUGCCUGCUGAGGAUGGGCUGAAGAUGGAGCACCAACUGGGUUCUCUGAUCCUGGCCACUGACAUCAGCAGACAGAACGAGUACCUGGGAAAGUUCAGGACACACCUGGACCAGGAUGACCUGUGCCUGAGCAAUGCCAGCCACCGACACUUCAUCCUCCAGAUGGCUCUGAAGUGUGCGGACAUCUGCAACCCCUGCAGACCCUGGGAGCUGAGCAAACAGUGGAGUGAGAAAGUGACGGAAGAGUUCUUCCACCAAGGAGACAUUGAGAAGAAGCACAGACUUGAAGUCAGUCCACUGUGUGAUAGCCAGAGUAACUCCAUGGCUAACAUUCAAAUUGGUUUCAUGACGUAUGUGGUGGAGCCUUUGUUUGCUGAGUGGGGCCGGUUCUCUGACACGCGUCUGUCCCAGACCAUGCUGGGCCACCUGGGGCUGAACAAGGCCAGCUGGGGUGGGUUAGUACAGCAGGAGGGGUCCACUAGCCCCGAGGAGCUGGAACCUAGCAGCCCUGCCUUCUUCACCAUGCCAACGCCCGCCGUCACCGAGUCAGAACCAGAGUCUGCCUCUGCUGCGGAACCCAUAGCUGUCACCACAGCAACAGCCACAGGAGAAACCAACUACAAAGAAAUACCUCAGGGAAGCAAAGAGUCCUGACACUCCACGUUUGCCCUUAGAACCCUGACCCCCUGACCCUUAACCGCUAGCCUCGCCACACACCGGGUAGAGGGUGGGAGGAGCGGGGUAUGGCCUUUAACCCCCCCCUACUCCCACUGCCACACCCGAACAGUACUCACGUUUUUGUUGCUUUUGCCUCCCAUAUUUGACAAACCACAGAUUUAAUUUAUUUCAUUUUUAAUUCCUUUCCUUGACAUAAAUAGAUACUGCUGCUGUAUUUAGUAUUUUUAUUGGCCUGUUUUAUUUAUUUAUUUGUCCUCUGUAGUUUUAGCCUUACUAAUGUAACACCACCAUUUUGAAGGCGAAGUGCCAUUUUCAAACAAAGUUCUGUAGGAUGUUUUGAAAGUGAUUUGAAACACACAGAGUAUUGAAGAGAUGCUCUCUAAAGACCGCACAGAGAUUCCGUGAUGUGUGUUGAUGCAUUUGUAAGGAAUCUUCUUCCUGAAGAUAAUGUGACAAGCCCAGUCCUUUUGCUGCCUCUAUGAAGACUGUUUACAGAUGUCUUGUUUGUUUAUCCUUGUUGUCCAUUUGAAAUGAAUCAUCAUGGUUCGCAAUAUGCCUUCUAAGCACAGAUGCGAAGAACCACUAGUGUUUGAAUUGUCGACCCACUGCUGAAGUUGACUGACACACACACACACCAGAUGCCAUAAAGAAACACCCCCUGUGCUCCAUUGUAUUCAUCUCUUCCUUUCACUGCCAAAAGACUGAAAUAUUGGACACACAACUUCUGUUCUGAGAGAACUUGGGACAGACAGAACGGUAUUCUAGAAUGCAACUGCGUUCUACGGUGUUCUAGAAUGUAACUAAUAUGAAGAAGCAUUGUUGUCAGUGACUGUAGAGUAUGCGUGACCUCUAACCCUGGACCAGUCACUGAGGCAUAGUCGACACACCCCAUCUGAAAACUCCCAUCACAACACCACUCACGCAGGGUGGACUGUAGGAGGGAAGUUUACUGAUGUGGUUUAGCUACCUGUUAAACAUCUGUUUACUUCUACUGAAUGUGACUCUCUCCCUCUCAGAAUGUCUCUCAUUAUCGUCAUAGCCACAUGCAACCUAGGACUGCUGUACCGAUGCCUUAUAACUAUGCACACUGCGCUAAGUGACCAAACCAGCUCCUACUACUACUUCUUCUAGUAAUCUCAUGAAGUACAUCGUGUGCUUGUCAUCUUAAUGCACUGUCUGAUUUUCUUUAGCCUUUUGUUGUGAGGAAAAACACAUUCUGUAUAUAAAUGGUUGUUUUACAUUCCAUCUCCAUUUAUACAUUUUUUUUUUUUAUUCUGUAGACUGCACAAAGAUUUUAAUAACAGGUGCUUUUUCCUAUUUUAGCUGAUUUAGUAUUUUCGCUGUAAGACUGUUGAUAAACUGUUUACAAUUUGUUGCGACAGCCAUUUUUGGGAGAAGACUUGUCAAGCCAUUUUGUAAAGGAUUUGUCGUAUUGACCUUUUGAUAAAUAAAACAAGUUGACAUGAA